UGUGUUUGGUGUAUCAAUUGAAAAUAUGUUAACAAUUUAAAGCUGGCAGAAACUCAAUUUAGUUUAUUCUAACAAUACCAUGGUGUUUAUGUAGCAAUAUAAUGUAAAUACUGUAUGCACGGAUAAUAUGGUGACGAUGGUUGUAAACUAACCAACAAAGACAAUUUUACUCAUCAAUACCUUUUGGUUGUAGAUGUGUAAAGUUUAGGUAUAAAACUUAUUGUUAACAUAGUAUGGUCGAACUUGUACACCUUCAAAAAAAUUUUGCUAGGCAUACAACAUGCGCGUCUAUAGCAGCAAAAAAAUGAUCAAAACAACAAUAUAUUGUUGGUAGUGCUACUAAACUCCGUAAUUAAAAUACGUACUUCAGUUGUUGGAGUUACAAUUUAUAUGUGUAAAGCCGCAAAUGAAUUUGAUACAACGCCUACAUAGUAUAAGAAAUGCAAAAUCUGCAAUGAUUAAAAUAACCGCGCACAAUAAUGUAUUCGGUCACAUAUUUUAAUUUUCACAUUUUUGUGCAUCGUGCAUGCCGUAAAGAUGGAUUUUGUGGUGGAUAAGUUGAAAGAAUGGGGCCGGAGGACUUGAUUGAAAUUUUUUCUCGUAAGUACCCGAUACAUUUACCUAUAUUUUUGAGAGUUAUGCCUUCUAUCUAUAUCUAAAACGCGAAAUUGCACAUUUCAAUUUUUAAGAAAAAUGUUAUACCUCCAUUGCUUUUUAUCACGCGUUCAACGUUCCUAUUGCCAUUGUGGUUUGCAAAAUUUUUGUUUACAACGGUUUGCAGUGUGCAAUUUCUACUCAUUGUAUGAACUUCCUUGUUUGAUAUACUUACUUAGUUUAACGACCUACCGUUUUUUUUUUAGAAAACCAAAUCGACAACGAAGUUUUUUUAAAUUUAACGGAGUCGAUGAUUAAGGAAUUAAUUCCACAAGUGGGAUUACGGUAUAAAUUUUCGAAAAAUUAUAAUAACAUAUUCGGCAAUUCUCUAAUAAUUGGUACUGAUGAGGAACCAUUGUCUUCCUCAUCAAGUACAUGUACAAUUACAUCAGCUGAUGUAAAUGAUCAAAUAACGACUUUGUUUCUUCCGGUACCAUCCAGCUCAAUUGAUGAUGCAUUAGAUACAUCAAAUCCACAAUUUGGACAUAUUAAUCCGCAAGGUGAUGCGGACGUAAACACAGAUUUGCGCCAACUACUGGAAAAAGAGCGCGUACGGGGAAAGGAAAUUUUACAAAGUUACAAACUCUUCAAAACAUUUAAUAGGUCUACACUAGCAGAUAUUAUCAUAGAAAAUCAGUUAAAAGAUGACCCCAAUGCAAGAAUUAAUUCCGCUACGUUUACGGAGAUAUCCCAAAAAAUAGCCCAAACAUUUCCUGGAGAGUUAGCAGGAUCAUAUUAUAUUCCAUACUGUAAAUCUUCCGAUGGAAGGGUAUCGACAGCUAAGGGGAUUUUAUGGGAUAAAUAUGUAAAUAAAAGGCGCAAUUUUCGACGACUACAAAUAAUCACAAAGAAAUCCAAUACAUCUACCAUCACUUCACCUGUUCAACAAAGUGAAAAUGACAAUAUUUCAAGUGAGGAACUUCAGGAGUUGGACACAUGGCUGCGCAACAAUGUAAUGCCGUGGAAUCUUGUCAUAGAAAAUUGGCAAAAAACGCUCCGAAUUAGACAAAAAUUUGAAACAAUAGACACUUAUUUCCGAGACUAUCCUUCUUUAAGGCAACCUUCUGGGUAUUUGUUGUUGGAACUUGACUUUGACGCAUUAUAA